AUGGAGCCUGAGCCUCAACGACCCGCGAUGGAACCGCCCUCGUUCCUACCCUUCCAGUUGUCGCCGUUAGACCAUUUGAUGCCCUCGAUAUACGUAACUGGCUUCACUUCUUUCGCAACUUCAGACCAAGCAAGGGGCGUUUCUGCUCUACAUGAUAGCAUCCAUCGUCUGAUCCAGCAACGUCCUCCUUUGGGCGGGGAAGUAGUGGUCUCCAACACCAAGACGAAGACCAACAUCCGGAAGAUACAGCCUGUUUCUUCUUCACAAUGGCAGACCUCUCCAAUAGUGCGUACAAAGUACGAUUCUCUAAGAAGCAUUUCCUCCAUCGCUGAUCCCGAUGUAUGCAAUGCCGAGUUCAGAAAUAUACCUUGCAGCCAAGAGACAUGCAGAGCUUUUCCAGUGAUGAGAUUCCAAGCCAAUGUGAUGAGUGAUGGGAUCAUUCUUGCAACCACGUUCUUUCACCAGGCCAUGGAUGGCGGUGGCUACUUCAAUAUUCUGAGAGAAUUAGCAACCUUGACCCAAGGGCUUGGCUAUUCCGCCACGAUUUCAUCGCAGCAAGAAGAGCAGGCCCGUCGAAGUUUGUACCAACUCCAACUUCAAGAUGGGCAACCACGGAGCACCGACUCUCUCAACAAAUCUGUUGACAUCCCGGUAUCCCCAAUAAACCGCCAAUUUCUCCUAUCAACCAACAGACUUCGCAAGUUGCACAAGAUGUGCCAAAAGCAGAUUGAUUGCCAAGAUGCACCGGAGAAUGAACCGAGUCUCAAAGUCUCGUCAGGGGACGUUGAAUGUGCUGCCAUAUGGCUUUGCGUGGCACGAGCACGAAUCAAAACAGAGUUCUCGUCUGCAGAGAAUCACACCACCUCUAAAAGAUCGUCGUUUGCUACUGCAAUCAACACUCGAUCAACAGUGGUCCCGCAAAUUCCUCAGUCAUACCUAGGAAACGCGAUCGUGUUUGCUACAGCGUCAUACGCCGUGCCAUCAAUGAUUAAAACAACGGGCUCUCGAUGA